UUAGUAUUUAGUAAUAGACUAGCUUAUGUAGAUAGAUUUUUGGACGUAACUAUAUUCUAAGACUGUACCUAUAAAAAUAAAUCAACAAAAACUAUUAGGCCAUGAAAAAUGUCGUUCGCAAAGAUUGCAAUAUUUCUUUUGCUGUUAAAUACAGUAAAAUGUCAGGAAAAUAUCGAUGAUUUGGAUUCUACUAGCUUUCUUAAGAGUCCGGAAGAUGACGUGAGUUUUAAUGACCCGAAGAGGCCUUCACUGGCUUACCCCAUGUCUUUGGGGUUUCUCUUCGUCUUCUCGACCUUACUAAUAGGCGUGAUAGUAAGAUCCGUCAUGCUGUGGAUCGGUUUGGGCAUACCUUAUCGAGUCAUCAUGUUUUCACUCGGAGGAAUCGCUGGCUUCUGCGCAAAUCGAUUCCCGUCUAUAAAACCGAUCCUACACAUAUGUUUCAUGGAUGUUGACGUGCUGUUAAUACUGUUUCUACCUAUACUGAUAUUCCGGACUUCGUAUAAUGUGGAUGCCCAUUCUUUUUGGAGGAGUUUCCCACAAAUUUUGCUGGUGGGAGUUCCAGGGGCGCUGUUAACUGCUCUAAUGGCUGCAUUCAUGGCUUUCUACUUGAUAGAAACUACAUGGGAUUUUUCUACUGCACUGCUUUUUGGUAUUGUCUGCUCACCUAUAUACCCUUUAGAAGUGGUGAAACAAUUGAAGUCUAUGUCUAAAGGGAAGUAUAUAAGCGUUCUUUUGCUCGGAGAAGGCUUGCUUGGAGAUGUGACGGUCAUGAUAGAGUUUACGGCAGUUUUUGGAUACAUUGCCGGCGCAAUUACAGAAGCAUCUCAAAUUACCCUGUUUCUUAUCCGUUACGCUGGAGGCGGUAUUCUGUUGGGCAUAGUGAUGGGAAAGCUAACAGCCACAUUGAUAUCGCUAACGUAUUAUGACCUGCUUUGUGCUGUGUUAAUCACAUUGUCUGGGGCUUACUUGACAUAUUUCAUCGGAGAGAAGUUCCUAUAUGUGUCUGGUUUACUGGGAACGGUGAUCACGGGUGUUAUGGUCAGCAACAAGAAGUCCAUAAUAGCUGGUGAUGUAGAACAAGUGGUGUCGAACUUUUGGAUGAUUUUGGGCCAUAUGGCGAAUACUCUGGUGUUCACCAUGAUAGGGGUGGUGAUUUUUGAGAAGGUUAGCGACGUGAUCAGCGUGCGGCAGGUGUCUUUGAUCUUCGUUACUUAUACCACGGUUUAUUGUUCGAGGUUGAUGGUAUACGCAGCCAUGACACCUCUCCUCCGUCACAUAGGCUACGGCAUGACAUGGCAACACUGCAUGGCGUGUGUAUGGGGAGGGCUUAGAGGACCUCUCUCUCUUUGCCUGGCCCUCAUCGUACUGCAAACUCCUAUGGUUUCUGAUGCUGGUCAGAUCUUCAUAAUCCAAACAGCAGGUCUCGUAAUCCUCUCCCUUUUAAUAAACGCAACCAGUAUGACAAGAGUGCUCAAGAUCCUAGGCUUGGCAGAGAUAUCACUCGCCAAGAAGGCGAACAUGACGAACUGUGUGAAACGCAUCAUGAUGACCAGAGACCGCUGUAUUUCCAUGCUGAAGAUGGACAAGUUCCUCGCUGAUGCUAACUGGGAUUUGGUGCAAGAAGGAACUACAAUAAAACAUCCGUAUCAACUGCAAAUGUCUGGUCGUGACGAAGACAGUGAAGAUGACACGUAUAUGGGUUACCACUACACUACUUGCCCAGAUUGUGAAAGGGAGAUACCCAAUGAGCCCACCAAGAAAGAGUUUGCAGAGAUGACCAGGGAAGCGAACCAACGCGUGCUCAAAGCUAUGAAGAUUUCCUUCUGGAGACAGUAUGAGCACGGCAAGAUCAGUAAGGAUGGAGUCAGGGUGCUGGUGCAAGCAGUCGAAGUGGCUGCUGACUCUGAUGUUGGGAGGGUCAGCUUGGAGCAGUUAGGGACUUUGUGGAAACCCAAGUCCCACGCAAUCUGGCUCCGUCGCAAACUAGUAAACAUGAUGACUCCCGAAGCGGCAAACGCGCAAGUCCCUCGGCAAACAUGGCGGCAACAUUGCUACAGGCUAGUCACAAACGUCUGGUUCGACGGCUUCAUCUACUUCAUGAUAUUGUGUAACACCCCUGUUAUAUUGUGCGAGGUGCUGUUGAAAGCUCCUGUCGCUCAAUCUGUUAUGAUUGCUAUUAGGGGUCUUAAUAUGUUCUUUUUCAUAGUGUAUGUAUUAGAAAUGAUAAUCAAGAUGUGUGCGCUCGGUUUCCGCGGCUACUUCAAGUCACAUUGGAACAAACUUGAUUUUUUCAUCAUUGUCAUGGCUACCGGAGACUUAAUUCUAGACAUCAUAGAUGCUGUCACUCCUUGGGACAAAUGGAGCAAUAUGAACUCGAGUUUCAUUACCGCUACAAAACUGCUGAGGAUGUUACGCUUCUUGCGACUGUGUAAACUGGCCAGAGUGUCAGUGCCCAAAAUCAUGGCGUACAUAGAUCGAAUGAUAGAUAUACAACUGGCGUUUGGUUAUGAUGUCGGCAAGGGUUUUGUGACUGGCACUCAAGAAGUAUGCAGUCUCUUGCCUCAGUUAGUGGACAAUAAGCAGAUACAAGAAAAUCUUACCACUAAAUUGGACAACGAUAGAUUAUCAGUGACCAGACAGUUAGGUUUGCUGCAACGCGAUCGACCCUGGACGGCGAUCACAGUGAAGACCAGACAAGCCACUACUUCCACGCUCAACAUCAUGAUCUUAGAUGCUAUGCAGCUUAAAGAGGAAGGGUUCCUGGAUGAAAUGGAAUACAAGUUACUGCUGAAUGCGAUACAGUCGAAGAUCCAACUGUGUCGACACAAAGGCAGCCUCGUUGCACCGUCUUCUCCUGAGACACAAUUGCGCGCCGUAUCAUGGCUGCAAGGGAACGAGAGGAUAGCAGACUUCUUCCUCGAGAACUCAGAGAUAUUGAAUUUUAAUAUCAACGAUAUUUUGAUAUCCAGAGGAGACGAGCCAAAAGGCAUGUAUAUCCUAGUGUCAGGACUUCUAGAAGCAACAUAUACUCCACCAGACGAGGAGUUCGAUGAGGCCAUACCGAACUACGAGUUCCUGACAGACCUCAAGUUUGGGGAUCCAAGCCAGGAUUAUAUUGUGUCUGGGAAUGCUGUGGGAGUUUUAGGGGUGCUAACAAAUCGUCCGUAUAGUUACACGGUUCGCUGUGACUCAGCGGUUCAAGCGUACUACAUUACUCUGCCUGUCAUCAAGGAGGCUUUCAAUCUUGCGCCGCAUCCUAUCAUGGGUCUAGAAGCUUCCAUGUGGCGAGAGAUAGGCAUCAAGCUGAGUAUGAUGGUGCUGCCGACUGUGCCCGCGUACCACGGCUGGCCGGUGGAACGACUCAGCAUGAGGCUUGAACAUGCCUUCGUGCCUUGUCUUAAGGCUUUUAAGGUCUUCGUAGUAAACGAAUUGAUGGAAGAUAUCGUAUUGCUAGAUGGGAUCUGUCAGGAUAUGGCCACUAGGGAGGUAUUUCAGCCACCGGCGUACAUACCUAGAACCGCCCACCGGUUGAUCUUCCCGAAGUCGUCACAGCUAAUGGUGACCAGUAGCUGUCCCGAGACGAAGUUGCUUAUAGUGCCCGCCAAGGACUCGGACGAGCUGGACAUCAUGGAGGACGAAGUGGACGACCUGCAGUGUGAACUGGUGUCGAACGUGUCGUCUCGCUGCCUGUACCACCGCGUGGCGCGGCGCGUGUCGGCGGAGUCCCGCGCGCCCACCGCCCGCCGCACGCGCUCCAAGCGCCGCCGCGCCGGCAAGCGCGUCAACUACCGCGAGUCCGUCUGGGGCAAGCCGUCGUCUCAGAUAAUGGGCGGCGCGAGCGAGAGAGAGAUGGGUUCCAAGUUCUUCAGGCCAAGCAUCACUGAAAUUCCUGAAAAACUGGAAUCUUCGAAGACUAAAGUGACGAAGGAGCCAGCGUCUAGCGUUCCCUUGAUAGCUGAGCUUCCGCAUGGUACCGCCAAUUCUUCGGCGCAGAAUUCUGAAGAAGAGAUAUACAAUACGAUGCUUUCCAAACUGAAAAGGACAUGAUGGGCGAAGGAACUAUGUAGCGUAAUAACUGUAUUCUUUGAACGAUUACAACCGAAUUCUAAACAGGAAGUACCCGGAAAUACGAUUAUUA